AUGGAGGUGUCGAUUCUCUGUGCUUCAUGGUCGUGCUAUGUAGCAUCCACUCGCAAGCCCAACAACAGACUGCUUUCAACAAGCUCGACAGUGGAAACGCCAUGGGUCAAAGCCGAGGACGGUGGUGGUUUAUCCUUGAGUGGCUUCGAGAACAUCAUCCGGAUCGGGCUAUGGUGUGGACAGGAGGAUCCUUUGCAGCGACCAACGAUGUCUGUGGUGGUGAAGAUGCUCGAGAGUGCCAUGGAUGUGUUGGCGUUCCCUCAGCUGGAGAGACCUGCUGCACAGGAUUCAUCACUCUUGGUGAGUAGCAGUGGCUCGGGAUUGCAGAUCUCCAUCUCGGUCUCGGACUUGGCUCAUUUGAAGAAUUAUGAUUGCUUAAUAAGUUAA